AUGUUGACUCCGUCGAAGCUGAAGAGCUGCAACGUUACCAACGGCAGCUCCAGCCACCACCACCAUCACCACCACUAUCAUCACAUGACGCAGUGCGAUGUCCUCGCACGGCCUUCCUUCCAUCAUCGACCACGUCAUCAACGGCGGCAGCAGCAGCAGCAGCAGCAGCAGCAACAACAACUACUACUAUCACAACAACUAAGCCAACAGAAACAACAACUGCAGCAGGAGCAGCAGCACCAGCACCAGCAACAACAACAACAACACAAACAGCAACGGAAACAACAACAACAACAGCAACAACAACAACAACAACAACGACGACGAUUACUAGCAACAUCAUCAACCACAAACACUGGCAUGGGCGAACGGUUGGCGGCGUCGUAGUAGUCGUAGUGUGCUAGUAGAGCUAGUAGCGGCAUCCCGUUUAGAUAGGCAAUUGUUUAGUGUGUUUAGACGAAUUCGGGCGACGAGGACAGGAAGCAGCAGCAGCAGCAACAGCAGCAACAGCUGCUAGAAAGCCAUAGAAGUCGUUGGUGGCGUCCAGUUUCCUACCAGCUAAAAUACCAGCUCCAACAACCGUCCUGCCACGUGU